AUGGAAUGCCACAAUAAGCAAUCUUCACUUGUCAUCCACUACGUAAAGCCUAAGCGUUUGAGCGGGUUAUCACCAAGUCGAAAAGAUGGAUCAAACCCAAACAAUAAAGGACGUCUACAUUCUUCGCUCAUCUUCCCUUAUGUAAAGCCUAAGCGCUUGAGCGGGUUAUCACAAAGUUGGAGAGAUGGAUCAAACCCAAGCAGUAUAGGAUGUCUACGUUCUUUGCUCGUCUUCCCCUACGUAAAGCCUAAGCACUUGAGCGGAUUAUCACCAAGUCGGAGAGAUGGAUCAAACCCAAAUGGUAUAGGACGUCUACAUUCUUCGCUCGUCUUCCCCUACGUAAAGCCUAAACACUUGAGCGAGUAUCACCAAGUCGGAGAGAAGGAUCAAACCCAAGUGGUAUAA